AUGCCAGGGCGCAUUCAUCUAGUCCGCCAUGCAGAAGGUCUUCACAACCUGCGACAGGAUGUCAGCAUUCGCGACGCUCCUCUCAGCGAACGAGGUUUUGACAACGCCGACGCGAUGGGCCGGGACUUCAUUUCCAGCCACUCUGAUAGCGUCGGCGCAGUCAUAUCCAGCCCACUUCGCAGGUCGAUGCAGACAUCCUUGAUCGCAUUCCGGCGCAUCUUAGACUCUAAACAGUAUCCCGCCAAUACCGGCGUGAGCGUUCAGUCCGGAGUGAGGUUGGUCCUAGAUCCAGUGCUGCAGGAACUUGGCGACUUGCCCUGCAACACCGGCUCCCCGGUGAAUGACCUCAUUUCCGAGUUCCCUGCACUACCUCAGCUCCGGCAGCUUGAUCCGAAUUGGUAUGACAAGUCCCGACCUAUAUUGCCGUCCGCAUCGCAGAAAAAACAAGACAUCUUGAGAAAGCUGGAGAGAGCCCAAUCAAAUUUGCUCGAGCAUACUCAGAGAAACGAUAUCGUGGUAGUCACUCAUGAAGGGAUUAUUCGUAUCACUGCACCCGGCAUAACAAUUUCCCCUGGACAGUGGAGAAGCUUCGAAUUGGUUAGAGACGAUAACGGGACGCUGUCAUUGCGCAUACUGGCAGAUGUGAAGGCCUUUCGAAUGGAGGCCGCGUUAACUCUCGAAGUCGUCAAAUUCUAG